UGCAGUUCAAAGUACAUGCCACUAGAUGGCGCUGCACACACACACCUUUUUGCUGGUGUCCAGCAGGCGUCGCUGGUUCUCCAGCCUCUUCUGGUCAAAAUCAAUCCCAGAAUCCUCGCAGAGCGGCAGUGCAUUCAUUUGAAUGUGUCCCUUAUUAUGGCUGCUGGUGAGCAUGUUGGACGACGGCAAGUCCUUAAGGUCAGCAGAAAUACCUCCGAUGGCUUUCUGUGGUCCUGCCUGCAUGCUCCUGCUGACAAGAACAUGAAGCAGGUGGAUAUUGUAAAUAAGGAAGAAUUAGAUAAAGACAGUUUCCAGGAAAAUUACCCAGUGCACAAUCCGGGCAAAGCGAGGCGGAUUUCAGCGUGCAAGAGGAAGGGUUGUGCAGCGGUGGAGGUGAGCAAAAAGCUGCACCGCAGAUCAGCAAAUGUAGGCUAUUCUUGUGACCCCGGCAUGGCCAACAAGGAAAAUGAGCUGACGUGCUCCGAUGACGUGCGGGGCAUUUAUUCCAACUGUGGGCUCCCGGUGAACUCUGCAGAGGCCUCCAAGAUGGCAGGGGCCAGCUCCAAGUACAGUGACUUCACUGAGCUAUCAAAGGACCACGAAACUAUGACCCACGUCCUUUUUGAAAGGCAUCUUCGACUAAAAGUUGCCCUAACACUCUGGCAGAGAAAUGCCAGUGAGUUAGUGUCGUACCUACUAAGAAUUGAAGAUCCCGCUGUGCUGAUUGACUGCUUACCUGUCUUAACAAACAAUCUUCAGUCUGAAGCACCAUGUUUGUCACUUGGCUGCUGUGUUGACCUCAUGCCCCAAGUCAAAGUCAUUCUUGGAAGUAAACACGAAGAACACGUAAAUGUGGGUUUACACUGGGUUCAGUCCGUCAUCAAGAAGUGGUGGCCAGAACUUUCGAAAAAAGACAGAAGGCAGCGAGUCGGUUGUACUGAUGAGAGGAAUAUAGAGGUCAUGAAGCAGCAGCUGAAGGACCUGUGGAAAGACGGAGCUCGCUUGUGUUCAGUUCCUGGAUCAACAGGAGAACUAGCAAAGGCCGUGGAGGCUCACCUGUCGCGGCUGCGCUGACAGUUUGUCGAUGUAGCACUGGGAGGAUACGACCACUUCUGCCGAGCUCAGCGGCGUUUUGAACCGAUGCUGCCCGCAGACAAACAGACCGGUUCAUCCUGCUUCUUCAACUCAAACCUCUUAACUGGGACUGAACUUGACAAUUCAGACACCUCCCCGAGUUGGAGCCGAAGACUCUUGAGGAGCGCUGAGAGAUCCUUCCUGCACAGCAAAUGACUGCUUCACAUUGAAGUGGACCGUCUGGUGAAGGGGCACGUUCAGUGGUCCUCUCAUGAGACAGGGUGUAAUGUCGCUCUAUGAAGUGCCAAGCUCUUUGUCUGUCACUGCAGCGCUCCUCACCACGGAGCGCACACGCACUUGUGGAUGUGAUGAAUGCUCGGCUCUCUGUGUUUUGCUUCUGGGCUCUAUGGAAUCAUUAACUUGAAUCUCCAAGACUUAUAAGUCAUUAGAAGCUCUUUUUUUUCCACUCCUUUUUUUUUUAUGUUGCUUCUUCCUAUGAUGCAUGACUGUCUUGAAAUGUAAAAACAGUGAUUCUUUUAAUCUCUUUUAAAUAAAUUUUUAUA